AUGGCCGACCCCGCAACGGAGAUAGAACACCCCGCCAACCUCCCCUCCCCAACGCACCACGUAAUCGUCAAGCUCGAGACGAUCCACGUCGCCGUCCCCGAAAUCGACACUGGCGCCCUCUCGCACGAGGUCAUCGGGUACGAGUACACGCGCCCGUCGGAAUCCGCCGUCGCGGCGGCGAGGGUCCGGCCUGCGAGUAUCCUCAUCACCACGACGGUGCCCAUCAACGCCGACACCCUCGGCGAGGCGCCCUACUUGAAAUGCAUCAUCACGGAGACGACGGGGACCAACCACAUUGACCUGGAAGAGUGCAGGAGGCGAGGCAUCACGGUGAUGUACUCGCCCAACGCGACGGUCGAGGCGGUCUCCGAGCACGCCCUCGGUUUCUACUUCUCAACCCGCCGCCGCCUCGUCACGCUCCACAACACAAUGAUGGACCACACCCCCUCCCGCGCGAACCCCUGGCGGACGACGGGAAGCAUGUCCUCCCUCCUCCUCGACGCCGACGGCCGGCCCCCGCGCACCUGCGGCAACGAGAUCGUCGGCAUGAUCGGGUACGGCCCCAUCGGGCAGCGCAUCGCGCAGAUGUGCGAGGCGCUGGGCAUGCAGGUCCUCGUGGCCGCGAGGAAGACCGCCCCCUCUUCCACGCCUCUGACCAACGGCACGACAGCCGCACACGCGAAAGCGAGAACGCCCUUCGACGAAGUCCUCCGCCGCGCGACCACGCUCUUCCUCGUCGUCCCGCUGACGCCCGAGACGAAGAACCUGAUCGGGGCGGAGGAGCUGUCGACGAUGCGCUCCGACGCCGUCGUGAUUAACGUCGGGCGGGGCGGGACGGUGGACGAGAGGGCGCUGCUCGCGGCGCUGCGGGAGCGGAGGUUGUACGGGGCGGCGACGGACGUGUAUGAGGUCGAGCCGGCGGGGAGCGGGGAGGAUAGCGUGUUGCUCGGGGAGGAGGCGCGGGGGGUGAAUUUGACGUUGACGCCGCAUCUUGCGUGGUGCGCGGACCAGACGCGGGUGAAUAUCCGGAGGGUCGUGGGGGAGAAUGUGAGGGGGUUCGUGAGGGGGGAGAAGGGGGGCAAUGUCGUGCUUGAUAUGAGGUGA